CGUAUGAAUAAUUGUGUACGGAGUGAAUGAAUCGAUGCGGCGGCGGCGCGGGCGAUGCGGGGCGCGGGCGGCGCGGGGGCGGCCGCUGCGUGGAGGGGUGCGCCGCGGCGCGCCAGUCUCGUGCCGGUAGUCGGUAGUGCAGCCGAGCGACUCCGGGAGCCGUCCCCGCCGCGUCGUCGCUCGCUCGUAGUCGUAGUGCGCCGCCCGGCCCGCCCCGCGCCGUCGGCGACCGAGUCCAUGGAAACCCAGAAUCAGGAUGUGGCCAGAAGCCCCGCUGAGGUGCCCAACGACCCGGGGAAGAUGUUCGUCGGAGGCCUCAGCUGGCAGACUAGUCCAGAAAGUCUCCGAGACUACUUUAGCAAAUUCGGCGAAAUCACAGAAGUUAUGGUUAUGAAAGAUCCCACAACGAGGCGGUCGAGGGGCUUUGGUUUCAUCACAUUCGGCGACCCAGCUAGCGUAGACAAAGUAUUAGCUCAAGCAACCCACGAAUUAGAUGGCAAAAAGAUUGACCCCAAAGUGGCCUUCCCCAGGAGAGCACACCCAAAGAUGGUCACCAGGACAAAGAAGAUUUUCGUAGGAGGGCUAUCGGCACCCACAACGCUUGAAGACGUAAAGAAUUACUUCGAACAAUUCGGACCGAUCGAGGACGCCAUGCUAAUGUUCGACAAACAAACCAAUAGGCACAGAGGUUUUGGCUUCGUCACGUUUCAAAGUGAAGACAUAGUAGAUAAAGUGUGCGAAAUACAUUUUCACGAAAUCAACAACAAAAUGGUGGAAUGCAAAAAAGCACAACCGAAAGAAGUCAUGCUCCCAGCAAACUUGGCCAAGACGAGAGCCGCAGGGCGCGGCGCGUACGAUUUCAUGUGGUCAUUGGGUGCUCUUCCUGACGGGUUUCCAGCAGCGUACGCCGCCUACGCGGCAGGACGUAGCUAUUCGGGCUAUCCUAGCUUCGGGCUGCCAUACCCUGCAGUUGACCUGACCAACGGCCAACUGACACCGAACAACAACACACCGCUGUUGGCGCAGGCGCUCUCAGUGAUGAACAAUUACCAAGCAGCAGCGGCCGGGUUCGGGCCGCCGGCGUCGCCGCACGCCGCUGGCGGACGGGCGGGAUUCCCAGCGGCCAGCUCGCCGGGACCAGCGCUCGACGUGUAUGGCUCGGCUGCUGACAGCGUCGGCUACGUGCAAGCCGCAAGCCCGCAACCCUCUGGAUUCCCGGCGAUCGCCGUCAGCCGUGCGCCUCUUAAUUACACCCCAGGACCCCUGAUUCCUGCGGCGUUUACCAACGGUUAUCAUUGAAAGUGUUAUAGCACAAAUAUUUUACGUGGCGAGCGGUGUGGCGGCGCCUAGCGCGCCGACUGGAGGCGCCGCGUGCGCCGCGCCGGCCCGCCGCCCGCUGCCCCCCGCGCACCUCCCGCCCCGCGCCACCGACGGACAACAUCACCAGCCGUCUGCCGCGCCGUCUCACCUUCCCUCAGAUCCCAAUCUCUCCUCAUCCUCACAUCUCCUCCUCCUCCUCAUCCCCCCCACACUCACCACACUCUCCCCCCACCGACCCGGUCUUGUGACCUCGUCUAUUGUAAAUAACGAUAAUCUACUUUUUGUCGUAUGAACGAGAGAUAGUCUAUCGAUUGAACAGGUAUUUUUUCAAAUUUUUCUCGCUUUCGACUGUACCGUAGAUGUGUUGUCAGAGUAAUAAACGAUUUAAACUACAAAAAAAAAAUACAUUUCAUAAUUAUAUAAAGUGCAUCUAGACGAUUUAAUUGCAGGGAGGUAUAUCUUAAAUAUUUUAUUAUUCAUAGUUGAAUUACAGCGUAAGGUGUAAAUGGUCCGCGACGCGCGGGACUCAGUAGGAAGGUGUAUCUCUGUGCAUUGUACGCGUAUGGUAGGGUGGCGCGCUCUGCGCCGGCGCCGACGCGACACCCGCGCGCCUCCCCGCUCGUCCACCUACACAUAUUUUAUUCUAUCUAUUUUUAAUAUUAAUGUCAAAUAUUAACAUAAUUAUUAUACUACUAUAAUUAUAUUACGCAUAUUUUACCUAUGAAUGUAAUUAUUUUCGCCUAAUUCGAAUUGUAUAAAAUCACCUCUUUGAACGGCUGUUCUGUUUCAGUAGCGAUCAAGUUUCUCGAUUACUUCCGUGUAAGACUACGUUAGUUACGCGUAUACAUACUUUCUAAUAUUAUGUAUUAUGAUAUAAAAUUUUAUCCUAAGGAUAAUAUGAUCAUAUUUACGAUUCAUAAGGACGUUUGGAAAGCUAAGUCGGUACAUUUCAGAAUAUCUCUCAUCGCGUUAAGAUAAUUCGUUUCUAUCUUGUACCUUUGAACGUAGGUAUUGUAAUUAUAAUAAAUAACAAUUUGUGCAUUACGUAAUAAUAUUUCAUUGUUUCUUACAUUGUAUUUACCGUAAUUUAAGACCACAGUUGAGGACGACAACGCGGCUCCGAUUGCAUUGAGGAGUCACACCGUACUUAGUUGUAUUUAAAAUUUUAAUCAAAUUAAUAAUAACAGUAAAGUUUCGUACAGACGGUAUAGUUACACGACACAAAACAUUUCAAUAAAAUAAAGACAGGGAUAUUAAAAAAUAACAGCCAAAGGCGCAGGUUUGAGGUAAUAGAAUAAAAUAUGAAGUCAAUUCAUUAAUCAUAUUCGUUAGGUACGGGAGACAUAACUGUCGAGCACUCGCCUAGGUCGCAGCAGUAGGACUACGCGGGCUGCGCGCGUAGCAGUGCCGGGCGCACGCUACGGCGUAGCGCCGCGCCUACACGCUGCUAUCGCCCAAACCGCGCAUGCGCUCGCCGCUCGCUAUACAUGCACUCGGUUGCAUUCAUUCGUUAUUUACUAUUAUUAUUACUCAUUACCUACAUCAAUUAAACAUUAAUAUUAUAAAUCUAGGUAUUAAAUUUUAGGUAAUAAUAAUAAACAAUCUUUUAAAGCUAUUAUUAUAUAAAUACGUUAUAAAUAUAAAUGUUUCCUGUUACAAAAAAAAAUAUUGAAAAUGAUACGAAAUAAAUCAAUAUUCUUUUUAAAGGUAAUUUAUUACUUAUGAGUAUGUAGUUAAUUGAAUAAUGGAGUGUUAGAUGGAGUGCGUUCGUCGCCGAGCGGCGCGCUCGCUUCGCGUUUUAGUUCGUUCGUGCCGAAUUCGUUCGCUGAGAUGACGUCACGUGCGGCACGCCCGCGCCUCGGCCGCGCCUCGGCCGCGCCACGCCGCACACACCGCAGGAGACGCGACCGCGAUUAUGUUGUUAAAACGUUAGCUAGGAAAUUGAUAAUGAAAUCGAGAGGUGUGAGUCUUUAGGACGGUCGGAAUAUCGAUAUCAUACCUAACAAAUUAACGUAAUUAUUUGUUUUAUAUUUACGGUGUUAUAGGUAUUUAAGACAUUUUUUCUUAGAAUAUUAAUUAUUACGAUGAGAUGUUAUAAUUGUUAGGCCCGGGCCGGCGGCGGAGCGGCGCGCGCGCACCUCGCCGCCGUCGGCCGUCUCAUUCACUCUCACAUCCUCACUAUAAUUAUAUUUUCUUACCGACCUUUUUAAUGUAGGAGAAGCGCACACGGCCGCUUGUCCCCGUGCGAGUACGAGUACAAACAUACAAACAAACAUAUAGUGAGAGACGUUCGUUUCGCCGCGUUCGUGAGAAGCCAUCGGUUCGCCGCGAUUGCAUCGAGACGUACACAAUGACAAUUAUUGUAUAUACAUAGUUAGCCGCAUGUGUAAAAAGACGUUUAGGUAGACGCCGAAGUGUGGCGUGUAAUUGUAUGCGACAGAUGACGCGUAAGCGCUGACCACCGAGCCGACAAGUGUGGCGCCGCCCUAAUACUGGACCGCGGAUUUUAACACUCUGCAUUAACACCUAUAACUAACCAAUAUGAACAAAAAAAAACACCUAACAUGAAAAAAAAUGAAAUAUCACACAGUUUUCAAAUAUAACACCAAUUUUUCAAAUUACUUUUUUGAGCGAGGGUUUAAAACCGCGUGGUGUAAGGGUGGCGACGCACCGAGUUACCAUCUGGUCGAUAUUAGAUUCAUUCAGCAAUCAGGAUUAGCUGACGGAUGUUAGUUUUUCAUUAUUAUUGUUAAGUUAUAAUGUUUGUGAGUUUCGUUAGUGUCACCUAGGGCUUCUGUGUGCGGGCCAUAUUGUACCGGUGUGUCAUAUCAUAUGUAUUUUAAGUGCGAUAAUGAUUUAUCUGCUUUCAUUUUCUUCAAUUACAUUUGUUUAAAGUUUCGUUACUCUCUUAAUUCUAGCUGCUUAAUUAUUUAGUUUCAAUACGUUCUCAAUACUUUGAAUUAUAUUAUCUAUAGAAUUAUUUGGUAGUUUAUAUGGCCCGUACUUAGGAAGCCACUUCUUUUGAGUGCGGUCGUUUGCGGUGACCGUACGAUCACCUCGCGGUCACGGCGAUGUCACCGCAAACGCCGCACAGUCCCUCUCGCUUGUUCGUAUACGCGGUAGUUGAGUUACUUCAGUCACCAUUUAGACGUGUUCUAUAUCAGAAUAAAGACUACGUAAUAAUAAGCGAGAUCUCAAAUUUAUUUUAAAAUUCGUUAUGUGAUCCUAAUAUUGCGACUUAUCGUAUAUAUAUGUAUGUAAUAAAAUUAAAAAGAUAAUUUAUUAUAUUUUGUAUAACAUUCUACGUUUAUUUACACUCGAUCUACUUUAUAUUAAAGAUAAUAAUUAAUUUUAAUCUAAUAAUGACAGACUGGUAAAGUUCGUAGAGUCGCCGCGGCGGCCAUAGAUCAAGUAGCUUUGCAUAUUCGGCGAUGGCCAACUAAGAGUUUCUUGGACCAAAGGUAUACUAAUUCGCGUAGAACCGGAGGCGCAGUGGCUCCGCACGAACUCCGACCCGAGCCGAGCGGCCGACGGUCAGCCGAGCGGUCAGCCGAGCGGCCGACGGCAGCCGACCCCCGUCCCGCUCCCCGGCUCCCCGCCCCUCCCCCCAGCGCAAUGCCGCCCGCUUGGUUUCGUUCUCGCGGUUACUUCUCGAUUGCGUGCUUCGCGUGCUGACUGAUUUUCUAUAGCAAUAAAAAUCAAUUACCUAAGAUUUUACAUUAAAAUAAAUUUGGAUUAGGAAAGGAGAUAACGAUAGGCGAACGAUCCGCGACUGUCCCGUCGCGGCGUCGGCGCAUUAUUUUCGUCAUUUCUUCGUGUAUAAUAUGUUACAUGAAUCUGUAUACAAUAUGGAUAUAAAUCGUAAUGAUGAAUAAAAUUAGUUUUUACGGCAUCUCUUUAUUAAAAUAAUGAUAAUAUCAAAACGUUUUGUAAAAAGCGGUGGGUAUGUCCGCCGCCCCGAUUUCGUGCACCAAUGCACUUUCUUAUUGGAAUAUUACAUUAUAUAACUUACAUAAUACUAUGAGAUAUAUAAUCAUACAGCCUUUCGGGGCGCGCGUGUAUGGCGAUGUAUGUAUACACAUUGUGCAAUGUACAUAUACCUUAUAUAAUACAAUGAUUUAAGACAAGGUUCACAUCGUGCCGUGUGUAUGUGGUAAUAAAUAUAAUAUGGACAUUGUUCAAACAAUAA